GAGAAAGGUACGUAUGCUGUGCCCUGCGCCCGUCCCACCCUGGCUCGUCCUUUUAUAUUUUCAUACUGCUUCCUUCCCUCUCUUUCUUCUCUUCCCCAUCUUCAUACAUCCCAUCCAAGACAUACUAUACCGCCCCAGCUACCUAGCUUCCCAGCUCCCCCAGCUCCCCCCAGCUCCCUGCUUACCUGGCCUGUUCCCCAGCAAUCUUUCAAGCCGCUCCAUCCACCACUCCACCAAUUUGGUCGUUCGUCCUCGACGUUCUUGACCCCCGACAAUCCUCGCUUUCUCGUGAUCCCUUAAGGCGACGAAGCCCCCCUACUUCCCUUGGUCAGGGCCCCUUUCAGCACUCCCAAGGUCACAGAGAUGUCUACUGCUCCUGCUGCGGCGCCCUCCGCCGGCAAGACGCUCGAGAAGAAGCCUGUCAAGUUCAGCAACCUGCUACUGGGUGCAGGAUUGAACCUCUUUGAGGUCACAACCUUGGGUCAGCCGCUGGAAGUGAUCAAGACGACCAUGGCUGCAAACCGGGGCGAUAGCUUCGCGGGCGCUAUGGCUCGGAUUUGGGGUCGUGGCGGGAUGCUCGGUUAUUAUCAAGGUCUCAUUCCGUGGGCCUGGAUUGAGGCCUCCACCAAGGGUGCCGUCCUCCUUUUCGUCGCAUCGGAGGCAGAGUUCCGUGCCAAGGUUCUUGGUGCGCCCGACUUCGCCGCUGGUAUCGCGGGAGGUAUGGUCGGUGGUAUCGCUCAGGCGUACGCGACCAUGGGUUUCUGCACUUGCAUGAAGACCGUUGAAAUUACCAAACACAAGAUGGCCGCCCAGGGCGUAAAGCCCCCCAGUACCUUCGCUACUUUCAUGGAUAUCUACCGCAAGGAGGGCAUUCGUGGUAUUAACCGCGGUGUCAACGCCGUCGCCAUCCGCCAGACGACCAACUGGGGAUCCCGCUUCGGUUUCUCUCGCUUGGCUGAAUCCGCUAUUCGCAAGGUCACCAACAAGGAAGAAAACCAGAAGCUCAAUGCUUUCGAGAAGAUCCUUGCUUCUGGUCUGGGUGGUGGUCUCUCUGCCUGGAACCAGCCCAUUGAGGUGAUCCGUGUUGAAAUGCAGAGCAAGACUGAUGACCCCAACCGCCCCAAGAACCUCACUGUGGGUAAGGCCGCCAAGUACAUUUACGACAACAACGGCAUCAAGGGUCUCUACCGGGGUGUGGCUCCCCGAGUGGGUCUGGGAAUCUGGCAGACGGUCUGCAUGGUGGCUCUGGGUGACAUGGCCAAGGAAGCAGUCGAAAAACUGACGGGCGACAAAGUCACCGCUAAGCACUAGAGAAGGUUUGAGAUACCCUUCUGCCAUGCGCGGUCUCGGUCGGAGGGCGGAUACUAUUUGGGCGCGCUGUCAUACCUUUGUGGUGUGGAACUUGACAGCAGUUAUGCGUAGUGCAUCGCAUGCCGCAAGCGGUUUACGAAGCUAUCUUAUCAUAAUAAUCUUAAUAGAGCCAAAAUUCAUGAGAAUCCAUAACCGUUUCCGUCGCC